CUCUCCCGACACCCAAAGCCGGUUCCCUCAAAGAGUUCGGCCGCUUGUUGUCCACCAUUGAGGACGAAAGGGACCGAAUGCUGGAGAGAGCGAGCGCCACAUUCAUCGAACCCAUCGAGAAGUUCAGACGCGAACAGAUCGGCGGCGCAAAGGAAGUGAAGAAGAAGUUCGACAAAGAGACCACUCGUUUCUGUCAGUCAUUGGAACGACAUUUGAAUUUGUCGACAAAGAAGAGCGAGAAUCACUUACAA